AUGGCAGCCAACGAAGCAGCCAUCCCCAAUUUGGGGGGUGCUUCCGCUCAACCAAAGGCCGGCCGAGCCUCUCCGGCGCCCCAAUCGAAGCGCGACCGCAAGCGCCAGGCACUUGUCGACAAGAUCGCCAACCUGCAAGAGAAAUUCAGUCGGGAUCGUGACCUUGGUUACCGCGAUCAGCUUCAAAAGGUCCAGGUCGACACCAACCUCGUCCAGCGCAUCGACCCCUACGCCGACGAUGUCCUGAAUGUCAUUGCCAGCCUGCGACAGGAACAUGAGGAGACCCAGGGACAGGAGGCGCUGUCCGACAGCAACCGCACCCUGCUGCAGAUGGCCGGCCCCAAUUUCGAGGACUUUGUCCAGGGAAUUGAGGAUCUUGUCGAGUACAGGGACUUUCAUUUGCUUCAACACAUGCACGAGCAUGAGCGUCGCCUUCACCAGUACAAAAACGAAUACCUCUACAAGGUCGAGACUGCCAAGCGCGAGCACCAGGCCCUUUCUUCAACACUUCGCGAUAGGCUCGUUAAUACCCUGCUGUCGAGAAAGUACCGCUUGAAUAAGGAGAAGGAAGCCUUGGAGAUUUCAGAUUCUUCGGCGUUGCUGCUCCACCCCAACCAGUUCAGCAUCACCAAUCCGGCGAGCCCCGGUGGCACACACGGAAAGCGCGCGACGAGGUUACGCAAGGACGCUGAAGAGCUUGCCAGCUAUGCGGACAGCAAGAAGCGCAAGAGGCACCCUGGCGAAGAUGACGGCUCCCCCGUUCCGUCCCGACGAGCGCUCGACCCCAACAACACAACGCCUCUGUGGCAGAACGAGAAGCUUCGAGUCGCCGCGAAACAAAAUGGCCCAGCCUACAGCAUCGAUAAGCUCUUCACCGAGAAGGAGCUCAGCAUGGCAUACAACGCUGCAGCUGUUGCUUCCCACAAGCACAUCCUCAGACACAAGCCCUACGCGAACGGGGGCUCAUCUCCAGGCAGCGACUCCGGCAACGGUGACGAAAAUGGCGAACAUGAUAGCGAAGUACUCUCUGCCCCAACAAUGGAGCGCACCAGCUCCCACGCCACUAGAAGCACGAGGGCCGGCAUCAACCAGAACCUGAUCGACGCCGUCGAGGGAGCCAAUGGCUUGGAAUUGCCCAAGUACCUCGAGAUCAUGCAGCCACAUGAGCCUGCCAAACUGCCGUCGGUUUCUGUGACCAACUACUUCAAGCCGGUCAGAGGCAAUACUGACGGCAACCUGCCGCAACCGCUGUCACACGAGGAGAUCAACUCCGAUAUAAUGGUCAUGGACAUGUUCAAGAAGUACGACUACAACCACAAGCCUGGCGACUCAAUCGACCAUCCCAAUGGCAGCAGAAGGAUCUUGGAGGCUUCUAUCACGCCUUACACCAUGACCCCAUACACGGGUUUCAAGCCAGGCCCCCGACCGGAUCCGACAAAACUUCGUGAGGAUUUGAUGCCGAUCGAGAGCAGCAUUAGAGAUGAGGCUCCUCCGUCGUCCCUCACGGCCAUUGCCGCAGUCCCUAUGAGCCGUACCAGCAGCGCAACCGGCGGCGCAGCGAUGAGUCGACAAGGAAGUGCCCGCGGCAAGGGUCGUAAGAACCAGAACCAGUGA